AUGUUAAGAAAUACAUCUUCAAUUAGAAAAUUUUCAACUAGUAUCAUUCGUAAUGCUGGUCAUAAAGAAUUGAAAUUUGGUGUUGAAGGUAGAGCUGCUUUAUUAAAAGGUGUUAAUACGUUAGCAGAUGCUGUUUCAGUUACUUUAGGUCCAAAAGGUCGUAAUGUUUUAAUUGAACAACAAUUUGGAGCACCGAAAAUUACAAAAGAUGGUGUUACAGUUGCAAAAUCAAUUACUUUAGAAGAUAAAUUUGAAGAUUUAGGUGCUAAAUUAUUACAAGAAGUUGCCUCAAAAACUAAUGAAAGUGCUGGUGAUGGUACAACAUCAGCUACUGUUUUAGGUAGAUCAAUAUUCACUGAAUCAGUUAAAAACGUUGCUGCUGGUUGUAAUCCAAUGGAUUUAAGAAGAGGUUCUCAAGCUGCUGUUGAAGCUGUUAUUGAAUUUUUACAAAAUAAUAAAAAAGAUAUUACAACUUCAGAAGAAAUUGCUCAAGUUGCUACUAUUUCAGCUAAUGGUGAUAAACAUAUUGGUGAUUUAUUAGCUUCAGCAAUGGAAAAAGUUGGUAAAGAAGGUGUUAUUACUGUUAAAGAGGGUAAAACUUUAGAUGAUGAAUUGGAAGUUACUGAAGGUAUGAAAUUUGAUCGUGGUUAUAUUUCACCUUAUUUUAUUACAAAUACAAAAACUGGUAAAGUUGAAUUUGAAAAUCCUUUAGUUUUAAUUUCUGAAAAAAAAAUCUCAAGUAUUCAAGAUAUUUUACCAUCAUUGGAAAUUUCAAAUCAAACUAGAAGACCUUUAUUAAUUUUGGCUGAAGAUAUUGAUGGUGAAGCUUUAGCUGCAUGUAUUUUAAAUAAAUUAAGAGGUCAAGUUCAAGUUUGUGCUGUUAAAGCACCAGGAUUUGGUGAUAAUAGAAAAAACACUUUGGGUGAUAUUGCAAUUUUAACUGGUGGUACUGUUUUCACAGAAGAAUUAGAUAUUAAACCAGAAAAUGCAACUGUUGAUUUGUUAGGUUCUGCAGGUUCAAUUACUGUUACUAAAGAAGAUACUGUUGUUUUAAAUGGUGAAGGUUCAAAAGAAAAUAUAAAUUCAAGAUGUGAACAAAUUAGAUCAACAAUUGAUGAUUCACAAACUACUGAAUAUGAAAAAGAAAAGUUACAAGAAAGAUUAGCUAAAUUAUCAGGUGGUGUUGCCGUUAUUAAAGUUGGUGGUUCUUCUGAAGUUGAAGUUAGUGAAAAAAAAGACAGAUAUGAAGAUGCUUUAAAUGCAACUAGAGCAGCAGUUCAAGAAGGUAUUUUACCAGGUGGUGGUACUGCUUUAAUUAAAGCGUCAAGAACAUUAGAUGCAAUCAAAGAAAAAGCUGUUAAUUUUGAUCAAAAAUUGGGAGUUGAAAUUAUUAAAUCAGCAAUUACAAAGCCAGCUAAAAGAAUUAUUGAAAAUGCAGGUGAAGAAGGUGCUGUUAUCGUUGGUAAAAUUUAUGAUGAACCAGAUUUUAAUAAAGGUUAUGAUUCACAAAAAGGUGAAUUUACUGAUAUGAUUAGUGCUGGUAUAAUUGAUCCAUUUAAGGUUGUCAAAAAUGGUUUAGUUGAUGCUUCAGGUGUUGCUUCAUUAUUAGCUACAACUGAAUGUGCAAUUGUAGAUGCUCCACAACCAAAAGGUCCACCAGCAGCUCCACCUGCAGGAGGUAUGGGUGGUAUGCCAGGAAUGUUUUAA